UCCUUUACUUCAAUGCAAACUCACUUUAAAAAACUAGCCGUUAGUUAACCUUAUCUCUCUCUCUCUCUCUCUCUCUCUCUCAAACACUAUGACAAUCUCGUUGGAUUCUCCUUCUCCUCUUCACAUCAACCAGGAUGAUAAUACGAACGUUGUUGUUAAUUCGUCACCUCUGUUUAGUCCAUCUUCUGAUAAACGAUUAUGGAGUACUCUCCGUAAUAGAAUCGACUCGCUUCUCGAUCACAAUCGUCAACCCAAUCUUCCAUCUACCUCUGCUCACACCCGUUUGAAUGAACAAGGAAGACGGUUGAAGGAAGAUUCGUUGUUGCUGAUAAGAGGGUUUGAUUCAGUUGCUCACACACUCUCUCUUUUGUCUAAUAACUUAGACAAUGCCAUACAGGGUGCUAGAGAAUUGGGGAAUCCACCCACAUUAACUGAUAUAUUCCAAAGCAAAAUUGAAAAAUCAGAAAACAAAGAAGAAGAGGGUUCAGGAGAGAAACAGAAAGAGGAGUCAAAGAAAGGAACUAAAAGGAAAAUAGAUGAUUUUUAUGAAGAAAAUGUCAUUGAGUCACAAAAUGAAAAUGGGCAAAAAAUGCAUGAUAGGAACAUCAAGAAAGCAAAAAAUCUUGCAGUUUCAAUGGCAUCUAAAGCAGCUUCACUUGCAAGAGAAUUGAAGUCUAUCAAGUCAGAUCUGUGUUUUGUGCAAGAAAGAUGUGGUCUGCUUGAAGAAGAGAACAGAAGACUACGUGAUGGAUUUGCUAAAGGAGUUAGGCCUGAGGAAGAUGAUUUGGUGAGGCUUCAGCUGGAAGCACUUCUUGGUGAGAAGGCAAGACUGGCCAAUGAAAAUGCAAAUCUUAUGAGAGAAAACCAAUGCCUUCACCAGCUUGUGGAGUACCAUCAACAUACUUCACAAGACCUCUCUGAAUCAUAUGAGCAUGUCAUCCAAGGAAUGUGUUUGGACUUCUCAUCUCCACCACCAACAAUUGCUGAAGAGACAAGGGAUGAAGAUGAUGAUGACACAAAUAGAGAAGAACUAUGAAACACUAAGGAACCAUCUCUACGAGUUCUCUACUUAACUUGAUGAUGGAGAAGAACCAAAAUUUUAAGCACCAUCAUAACAUCCCCUGUAAUGCUGCUGCAAAUAUUCCUUGUAUUUCUGCAUAAAACAUUAUUGAUAUUUGUUAUCCGUUUAGUAAUGAUUAUCUCUAAAAUGAGAUAAUAAUAGUAAAUAGUAUUCAUUUAUCCUCGUAAUAAUUUGAUAAUCUCUCUUGUUCUUCA